AAAGAUUUAUGAUUUAUUAAAGAAUAUGUUAGGCCAUAAGUUAAUCACUAAGCAAACUCCCAAAGAUGGAAUAUUAGUUUCCAAAGUUAUGGUUGCAGAAUCUGUUGAUAUUAAAAGGGAAACAUACUUCUGUAUAUUGAUGGAUCGAGGUCAAAAUGGCCCAGUACUAAUAGCUUCUCCAGCUGGAGGAAUGGAUAUUGAAGAUGUUGCUGUUAAUUCACCGGAAUUAAUAAAAAAAAUUCCUAUUGACAUAUUUGAAGGUAUUUCUGAUAAGGUAGCUUUAGAUGUAGCCAAGUUUUUGAAUUUUAAUGAACCAUUGACAUCUGUGGCAGCAAAUGAAAUAAAAAGAUUAUGGGAAUUCUUUUUGUCUGUUGAUGCAGUUCAAAUAGAAAUUAACCCAUUAGUUGAAACUUUGGAUAACAAAGUUGUAUGCGUUGAUGCUAAAAUUCAAUUUGAUGAUAAUAGUCAAUUCAGACAUAAAGAAAUAUUUGAGCUGGAUGAAACAAGUGAAUCAGACCCUCGUGAAGUGAUGGCUAAUAAACAUAACUUAAAUUACAUUGGUAUGGAUGGAAAUAUCGGAUGUCUAGUUAAUGGAGCCGGUCUUGCAAUGGCUACUAUGGAUAUAAUUAAAUUGCGAGGUGGAGAACCGGCCAACUUCUUAGAUGUUGGGGGUAAUGUUAAUGAAAAUCAAGUAUAUGAAGCUUUCAAACUGUUGACAUUGGAUUCAUCUGUUAAAGCGAUUUUAGUUAAUGUGUUUGGUGGAAUUGUAAAUUGUGCAACAAUAGCAAAAGGCUUAAUAAAUGCUUCAAGAAAGUUGGAUUUAAAAGUCCCGUUAGUUGUAAGAUUAGAAGGUACAAAUGUGUCUGCUGGCAAGAAACUUUUGGAAGAGUCUGGAUUAUCYAUUGAAUUUGCUUCUGAUCUCGAUGAAGCAGCCAAAAAGGCUAUUUCAUCUCUGACAAAAUAAGAUUUAAAUUAUUAGAAUUUUUUUUUAAAUAUUUUGUAUCAAGUUCUAUA